AUGCGAGCUCUAUGCCUUCAAGUGCUCGGAGGUGUAUUGAGCCAGGCCAGAAACAACAACGGCUAUCUAGAGUACUACGACCGACAGCUUUGGGACCUGGCUGAGAUGAUGCUUCAGCCAGAUCUGAAUGGGCGUCGAUGCGUGUCCUGUCUUAUCCCAGCAUACAUUCAUCAGAUGAGACUAAACAGACAUUUUAGUCAUCCUACAUACGUUGAGCUCACACAGGUUAUCUACAACUGGAUCCUUAUUUUCCAAAGCGAAGAAGCUGCCGUGAGUGAGCAUGUCAUGUCUUGUAUUGAAACGAUCUUCGCCCAAUUCCUUGCUGAUCAGAUUAAAACCCGAGAACGGCAGAUUGCUCGCGUUUUGAACGGCGUAAAGGUCGAGGUGGGCUCAGAGUUCUGCGAUGAUUGCCCCAUUUGUGUGGAGGAAGUUAAACCCGGUGAAUAUAUCACAACCCUUGCUCCAUUCUGUACUCACUGGUUCCACAGCGACUGCAUUAAGAAAUGGAUGAUGAGCGACAACGAAGGGAAUAAUAAAUGCCCAAUGUGUCGGACGCGACUUGACCUGAGUGGAUGA